CGCUGCCGGGGCCGCUGCUGACAACAAGAUGGCGGCGGCGGCGGGUCCGGCGGGCGCUGAGAGUCGCGUGUUGGGCUACAGCCUGCACCGCUGGAGCAGCUUCUCCUCCACCUACCUGCCCGAGAAUAUCUUGGUGGAUAGACCAAAUGAUCAGUCCUCAAGAUGGUCUUCAGAAAGCAAUUAUCCUCCCCAGUAUUUGAUUCUGAAGCUUGAAAGACCUGCCAUAGUCCAGAGCAUCACAUUUGGCAAAUACGAAAAAACACAUGUCUGCAAUUUAAAGAAGUUUAAAGUCUUUGGUGGGAUGAAUGAGGAGAAUAUGACAGACCUCUUAUCCAGUGGCUUAAAGAAUGAUUAUAACAAAGAAACAUUCACCUUGAAGCAUAAAAUUGAUGAACAGAUGUUCCCCUGUCGAUUCAUUAAGAUAGUUCCACUCUUAUCGUGGGGACCUAGCUUCAAUUUUAGUAUCUGGUAUGUUGAACUAAAUGGCAUUGAUGAUCCAGAUGUGGUCCAGCCGUGCCUCAACUGGUACAGCAAGUACCGUGAACAGGAAGCCAUUCGCCUUUGCCUAAAGCAUUUUCGGCAGCACAACUACACCGAGGCUUUCGAGUCGCUGCAGAAGAAAACCAAGAUUGCUCUGGAGCACCCCAUGCUGACAGACCUGCACGACAAACUGGUGUUGAAGGGGGACUUCGAUGCUUGUGAAGAACUGAUAGAAAAAGCUGUGAAUGAUGGCUUGUUCAAUCAGUAUAUCAGUCAGCAAGAGUACAAACCUCGCUGGGGGCAGAUUAUCCCCAAAAGCACCAAAGGUGACGGGGAAGACAGUCGUCCAGGAAUGAGAGGGGGCCAUCAGAUGGUGAUAGAUGUGCAGACAGAAACUGUUUAUUUGUUUGGUGGCUGGGAUGGAACUCAGGAUCUGGCUGACUUCUGGGCAUAUAGUGUGAAGGAAAACCAGUGGACUUGUAUAUCCAGGGAUACUGAGAAAGAGAGCGGUCCCAGUGCCAGGUCCUGUCACAAGAUGUGCAUUGACAUCCAGCGGCGGCAGAUCUACACCCUGGGGCGGUACCUGGAUUCCUCCGUGAGGAACAGCAAGUCCCUGAAAAGCGACUUCUACCGCUACGACAUCGACACCAACACCUGGAUGCUGCUGAGCGAGGACACUGCAGCAGAUGGAGGCCCCAAGCUGGUGUUUGAUCAUCAGAUGUGCAUGGAUUCUGAGAAACACAUGAUCUACACCUUUGGAGGCCGAAUCCUGACCUGCAAUGGCAGUGUGGACGACAGCAGAGCCAGUGAGCCCCAGUUCAGUGGCUUGUUUGCUUUUGACUGUCAGUGCCAGACGUGGAAACUUCUGAGGGAGGAUUCCUGCAACGCCGGACCCGAGGAUAUCCAGUCCCGGAUAGGACACUGCAUGUUGUUCCAUUCUAAAAAUCGCUGUUUAUAUGUAUUUGGUGGCCAGAGAUCAAAGACUUACUUGAACGACUUCUUCAGUUACGAUGUGGACAGCGACCACGUGGACAUUAUCUCAGAUGGCACAAAGAAAGAUUCAGGGAUGGUUCCAAUGACAGGUUUCACUCAAAGGGCCACCAUUGAUCCUGAGCUGAAUGAAAUCCACGUCUUGUCAGGGCUCAGUAAAGACAAGGAGAAGCGGGAAGAGAACGUGAGGAAUUCUUUCUGGAUUUAUGACAUUGUGAGGAACAGCUGGUCUUGUGUCUAUAAGAAUGACCAAGCAGCAAAAGAGAAUCCAGGUAAAAGCCUUCAGGAAGAGGAGCCCUGCCCAAGGUUUGCCCAUCAGCUGGUGUACGAUGAGUUGCACAAGGUUCAUUACUUAUUUGGAGGGAAUCCUGGUAAAUCCUGCUCUCCAAAGAUGAGAUUAGAUGAUUUCUGGUCUCUGAAGCUCUGUCGACCUUCAAAGGAAUACCUGCUAAGACACUGCAAAUACCUCAUCAGAAAGCACAGGUUUGAAGAGAAAGCUCAGACUGACCCUCUUAGUGCACUGAAGUACCUGCAGAAUGAUUUAUAUGUAACCGUGGAUCACUCAGACCCUGAGGAGACAAAGGAGUUUCAGCUUCUUGCCUCAGCAUUAUUUAAGUCUGGCUCGGAUUUCACGACUCUCGGCAGCAGUCACAGCAUCAACCUCAUCAGCUGGGUCACGGCACUGUGAGCGGGAGAUAAAAUGCUCCUAAAGUAUUUACAUGUUUCCUCUUGAAUCUGAAAAUAGAAAAGUCUCUUGCAAGGGCAUCUGAGCUGCUUGUAAAGCUCUCGCCGAAAGGUAAGAGCAGGAAUCUCUUUGUACAAUGUGUGGGAUGUUAAAGCUGUUUUGGGGCAGAGAAGAGGAGCGCAGGGGAGGGAGGAAGGAAAUGCCUCAGUAAAUCUUUUAUUUUUAUUUAUUAUUUUUGGUCUAACAAUUAUGGCUACAGUCUACGAAGGGAAGGGUUAAGGCCAAAGAUGCUCAUUGCUGCAUUUCCUACCUGAUUUUUUUUUUUUUCCAAAAAAAGAAUGUUCUCAACAUUAAAAAAACCAAAAAGUACUGUUUUCUUUUCCUGUGGAAAUAGUUCUUUUAAAUAGGGGAAGGAAAAUCUACUAUAAAAUAUUAGUGGUUUAAAAAUAUGAUGUCUGGAAAAAUAAAUAAAUGUACAAUUCCUAUUCAAAUAUAAAUCACUAUAAGCACUUGCUGAGCAGUUAAUAUCCUCACUGGUCUCUGCUCGGAAAGAUUUAAGGUUACUUGAUCUCAAGCCUCUGUAGGAUUCUCUUGGAAAGUCUUUGGACCUGACUCAUUAAAGCACUUUGGCAUCUCUUUGCUGGGAAGGGGGAAUCUUUAGGCACAUGCCAAAGCCUGGAGAUGCCCUGCCAUGGGUGUCCUUGUGACAACUCCAGCCCUGGUCACAGCAUUGCUGCUGCCCUGUGUUUUCCCUGUGUUUGUUUUCUGGGAAGGACAGAAAUGUGAGGUCAUGGACCUGCUGCUUGUCUGUCAGGGCAGCUGGGAGGCCACACUGCUCACAAGAGCAGUUGUGGAUGUUGAGUCCCCUUCUCUGAGACUCGUGGCUGUGUUAAAGAGCUGAACUUGAUGCUGCCAGAACAGGGACAAAGCUGUGGCACAAAGUUACCUGGGCAAGAGGUGUUUUUCUGCUUCAUGUCAAAUUUUAUUCUCCUACCAGGCUGGCCUUUAGCUUUUUCUUUCUUUUUUUUUUUAUUUUUAAGAUUUUAAAGUUGUUUUUUUUUUUUAUUUUAGUUGUUAUUUCCCCUCCCCUCCAAAAUUACUUCCCCAUAGUGCAGUGCACAGGUAAGUGAAGUGUGCGGAAUACAUUGCUAAUGAAUAGCAGGAAUAUUUACAUACAAAAAUAGAAAGGUUUGAACACUUCAGACUCUCCCCUUCAGUGCAGGACAGAAGGGGGAAGAGCCACUUGUAUCUUCUGCCAGUGCCUGUCCUGUGGCUGAACGAAACACCCCAAUCCCCUCCUUCCUGAGUACUCCCAACUCCUCCACCAGGGUUUCUCCAAACUUCCCAUUGCUUGGCUCUGCUUUUCCCCUCAUUCAGGGCAGCCAUGGGAGCAGAUCCCAGUCGGGUUGACUUGGUGGCAGAGCCCAGAGGAAAUCUCCCCACUGUGCCUUGGUUUAUGGAGAGGAGAAGGGCCUUGCUCUUGUCUGCAGCUCCUCUGGCUUGCAGAGGGUUUGGGACAAGCACCAUCCGCACGCUGGGAGAGGGACUCAGCCAAGUGACCUUCUGGUCCUCGUGUGCUGGAGGAUGAUCCCUGCCUCUGCCAGGGCUGAGCUGCUUCACCAGAGCAAAGGCAUGAACCUCUCCCCAGCCUUUUAGGAGCUGUGGUGAGGAGUCCAGAAAAACCCAGAAAUGGCCUCAGUCCAGCCAUGUCUUUCUUCUCUCCUUUAAAGGCUUCAGCAAAGGGAGACCUGGCUGACAGACCAAGGGCUGCAGGACAAAGCUCAGUCCCAGCUUUGCUGCUGAGCUGGAAGUUGCUCUGCAGGUCUCUGUUAUUUUAGUGGCUUGUGAAGAAGAGCUGGAGGCUGAGCUUUUAAACCUUGAGGACGUGAAACACCAAGGCCACCUGAAUACCACUGAGCUCCCUGGCUCAUGUUCUGCUGCUCCUCUACGUCUUCUGCUGCUCAUGCAGGAAAA